AUGCAGUACUCAAAGGCUAGAAAUGAGGAAGCAAUUCAGGUGGUGAAAGAUGCGAUUGAUUUGGGAUAUCGUCAUAUAGAUACUGCUGCUGUCUAUGAGAAUGAAAAAGAUGUAGGAAUAGCAAUUGAAGCAAAACUUCAAGAAGGGGUCAUCACACGUGAAGACAUCUUCGUAACUAGUAAGUUGUGGUGCACUACCACUAGAAGAGAUUUGGUAAUUCCUGCUUUGAAGAAAACUCUUUCAGAUCUAAAACUGGAAUAUUUAGAUCUCUAUCUUAUGCACUGGCCUAUGUCAUUUAAGGAAGGGACUGGUAGUUUUAUUCCGCAAGAUCCUGAUGGCAAAGUUUUGAGUAUUGACAGAGAUUAUGUUGACACGUGGAAAGAACUGGAGAAAUGUGCUGAAUUAGGUCUUACAAAGAGUAUUGGAGUUGCUAAUUUCAAUACUCAACAGUUAUCUAGAGUAAUUAAGAAUGCUACUAUUAAACCUGUGAUAAAUCAGAUCGAAUGUCAUCCUUUUUUGAAUCAGAAGCAUUUAAUUACAUUUUGCAAAGAAAAUGGCAUUCUGAUAACUGCUUUCAGUCCUCUAGCAAAUCCUGGGAAACAAGUGGUAGCAGGAAAACCAAAACUAAUUGAUCAUCCUCUUCUGAAAGAAAUAGGAACAAAAUAUAAUAAAACUAAUGCCCAAAUUGCUCUGCGAUAUUUGAUUCAAUUAGGAGUGAAUCCCAUUCCCAAAUCAUCCAAUAAGCUUCGUCUUGCAGAAAACAUAAAUAUUUUUGAUUUUGAAUUAAAUGAUGAAGAUAUGAAACUUUUUAUGUUGAUAUUUUCUGAACUCCGCAGGUCUAUUGGUGCAUAUCAUUAUCCAUUUGCUGAUGAAUUGUGA